AUGGCUUCCGAGGCGAAAUUGGCGAACCCUAUGAGGGAUAUCAAGGUUCAGAAGCUUGUCCUCAACAUCUCUGUUGGUGAGAGUGGAGAUCGUCUCACCAGAGCUGCCAAGGUGCUAGAACAACUCAGUGGACAAACCCCAGUGUUCUCCAAAGCAAGGUACACUGUCCGAUCCUUUGGUAUUAGAAGAAAUGAGAAGAUUGCGUGCUACGUAACUGUUAGAGGCGACAAGGCAAUGCAACUUUUGGAGAGUGGACUGAAGGUGAAGGAGUAUGAACUUUUGAGGAGGAACUUCAGUGACACUGGAUGCUUUGGCUUUGGAAUUCAGGAACAUAUUGAUCUCGGAAUCAAAUAUGAUCCAUCUACUGGUAUCUAUGGUAUGGACUUUUUUGUCGUUUUGGAGCGUCCUGGUUACCGUGUUGGUCGUCGCCGUAGAUGCAAAGCCCGUGUCGGAAUCCAACACCGCGUUACCAAGGAUGAUGCGAUGAAAUGGUUCCAAGUGAAGUAUGAAGGAGUGAUCCUUAACAAAUCUCAGCAGAUCUGA